AUGAAGCCCUCCUUCUUCCUCACAACACUGCGAUUCUUCGCCUUGGGCGCCGCUGCUCCAAGUCCGCUCCACAACUCUAUGCGCUCCAAAGGUGGCGACAAAAAUAGCGACAACAAUAGCGGCCCAGACCUCUCCAAAUACAACCUCACCGCAACCCUUCCCAUCGUCUAUUUUCCACCUCCUUAUACGUGGCCCAACUAUGCGCCAAGCCUAACAAUUUACCUCCAUGCGCCUCAGGGAUGGGAAUUCUCAAAUGUAUCGAGCACAGUGCCGCUAAUGCCGAUUCUUGAUACUGGCUCGACUGGCCUGAUGCUGGACGCCCUGGACCUGAACAUCACAAACGCUACGUUGGCAAAAUUUGAGCCUGGAUAUCAGUAUCUCUCGUCAUCAACAAAACUAUACCGAGGCGCGUGGAUCCCGUUCAGGCUCGACUUUGCCAAUCCAACUGGCGAAUCCGCCAAUGUCACGGCAGAGAUUCCUGUGCUGGUUGUGAAUGAAACACUCCUGUGUUCAGAAUACAACAAUAGAUGGAAGUCAGAUUGCCCUCCAGAGAAGACUACCAAGCAUAAUUUACAGCCACGUGGUAUCCAAUGGUGGGGUAUUGGCUUCGGUCGUGAGUCGGACGGUCAGUUGCAAGGAACACCGGACAAGAAUGCGCUGUUGAAUAUUAAAACCAUCAACGGCGUGGAUGUUUCUACUUCAGGGAACUAUAGAGUGGGAUACAGCCUGCGAAAGAAUGGCGUGGUAGUGGGUUUGACAGAAGAAAAUACACAAGAUUAUACCUGGACGAAGCUAAAGAAGCAUAAGGGCUUCUCAAAGCACCCGUUCGAUUGGAGAAAUGUCUCUGGAUGUGUGAGUAUCGACGGCGGUAGCUGUGAGACAUCAAACAUCCUCGUCGAUACAGGUAACACGCGAUCUUAUCUGUCUACCACCGAUCGCCUUGUCCACUUGGUACCAUCGAACACCUCUUCGACGGCAAAGGUCUUGGAGGCGGGCCAGAACGUGUUGGUUCGUUUUGGCUCGGAGGUUGGAUACGAAGGGGUACAAUACAAUUUCACUAUUGGCAACAAGAGUACCUUGGAGCCAGAUGAAGUGAGGACAAAGUUGGUGAAAAAAGGCCGGGAGGAGAAAAUAAAUACGGGAGUAUACUUCUAUCGGGAGUGGGAGAGUGCCUUUGAUGCAGACGAAGGUUGGUGGGGGGUGAACUUAUUCUUGGAUCUAGCCAUUUCAACCCCACACUUCGAUACUGUGCUGCUAAGACUCUGUGGCGUGAAUCCGAUCGGCAUUUCUAACUGCAAAGGACAGGUCCGUUACCAGAAUACGAAAUUCCGAGCCCAAGCUAAACCCAACAACAUCAAUAUCUCAACAGCGUCAAGUCUUCUUACGAUGGACACGCCCCUGGUAGAACUGAACCAGGUGCUUCAUCCAGCAGAAGUGCCAUCAGAGGUACCUCAUUUGGACCGUCUACCAACGGAAUUGGUCGAAUUAAUAUGCUCUUGGAUCCUUGCGCAUAAGAAGACAUUCUCCGAGACAGUUAGCCAACCACGAGAUGACAAGUGGUUGUGGGAAUUUACGCCAUGCUCAAGAACAUUGGCGAGUCUGUCGCUUGCCUCCAAGAGAUAUCGUCAAAUCGCCCAUCCAUAUCUCUAUUCGCAAAUCAGCAUCGGAGAAUCUGACAAUACCUGGCUACCUCGCUUCGUCAGCCUGCUGUGCCGUAAGCCAGACCUGGGACUUCUUAUCAAAGAGAUUGAUAUCCAGUGUCUACCAAAGGCCUUCUCUGUCGAACCAGAUUCUAUGGGACCCAUGUUCAACGAUGUGGCCUCCCGGUUCUCCCUCGCCCCUCUUUCUUCCUGGAGUCCCGAAGACUGUGCUGAAAAAUGCAGCCCGAAACACCGACCUUGCGACCACUUCAAACGACUGCUCACUCUGUUGGCUUUUCUAGCACCCAAUGUGAAACGUUGGAGAAUGGUGCCACCCAACAUUUUCCACUUCGAAGAAUUGGUCCAGGUGACAGAGCAGGCAUUUACCAGAAGCAUGCCAUCCCCCUCUAAUCCACGGGCACUUAAAUCUCUGCAACAUUUGUGGGUGCCUGGAGCACAACCAUUUCCUUACGCGACAGACUUCUUCGCCCUGGAAAUAGCGCUUCAAUUGCUUGGGUGGCUCGUUCCAAGUCUUCAGAAAUUAUGGCUACGAAAUGCAAGCCUAUAUCAUCCGCUUCCUGCUCGCAUUAAGCUUGAUAAUCUGAAAGAAAUUGUCAUAGAUUUUGGUCUUUUAACGGAAGGAGGCUUAUUCAGUCUUACUAGGGCGUGUAAGGUCUUAGAGAGCUUCUGCUUUUGCUCUGGAGGAAACUCUCCAGCUUUCCCCGAUGGCUGGGGCCGCGCAGCGUUGCAACAGACCCCCCCUUCUGAGUUCUUGCCAGAGCAUAUCGUUCCUGCAUUUUCCCAUCUUAAACGCACCCUCCGGAUCCUUUCAAUCAACCGAUGGAAUGGCGCUCGAGGUGGGGCCGACCACAAUAUCGAUCUCACUCGUGAAAACGAGCGCAUUUAUGCGGCCUGGCCUGCGUGGAGGAGGGAGGGAACGGACAGUCUCUUGGGCAGUUUAAAGGAUUUCAGGGUUUUGGAGACUCUCAUCCUCGACUCUACAUGUCUUUUCCACUACAAUAUUGACGACAAUCCCCCCCCAAAUGCCCCAGUGGAUCAUCUCACAAAGCGGCUUCCCAGAUCUCUGCGCCGUCUCAUUCUUCCCGGAGCUCCUCCUCAGAUGGUUCCGGCACUCCAUGCACUGGCCUCUUCAGCAGCUUCUGGAGAAUUCCCGUAUCUCAGGUUGGUGCAAAUAACAUCCAACGAAAGGGAUGUUCGCAAGCGAGAAACAUCGUGGCGCAAGUAUGGUGGCCCUCGGUCUCUGAGAGAUGAAUACUCCACAUUCAUAAACAUCGACGAGUGGAAGUCUCUUAGAGAGAGGUUUUCAGCUGCUCGAGUCCGGCUCUUUCACAUUAACUCUGGGAACACCAGGUGCUUUGCGAGAGAGUUACUUGAAAAUGCCGGCUUCGUCAGGCCGGAAUCAGAAAUUUCCAGCAUCUUAUUAUCUUAG